GGUGGACGCUGUGUGUCGAUUCAAGUCCCCUCAAAACUCCAACGAUACCUCUCACGUCGACCCUCUCUGUUCCUGAAGUUCGCAGAGGGUAAACAGGAAGCAAAACCGGAACCAAGUAAACAGUCACCCAACCCAUCUCCCAAGAAGCCCGGUUCUCCAAGAAUCGAAUUUCAAUUUACCUUUGGAGGUGGUGGGGGAAAUCAAUCUGGCAAGGGAACUCAGGGAGGCUGGAAUCUUGGCCCAUGGGUAAUCGUCGCAGCCAUCGGUGUGGGUGCACUCACAGCGUAUAAUGCUUCGCGUUACCAAAAAAUCUCUUGGAAAGAAUUUUCCGAAAACUUCUUGCAAAAGGGUUUAAUCCACCACCUGGAGGUGGUAAAUAAGGAGUGGGUUCGCGUCUACCUACAGCCAAGUGGAACAGCCACCUCGCUAGACUCCAUGCAGAACUUCGAUAGUUCCAGCAGCACUAGUAGUGGCCUGCCCAUGAGCGGCGGUCCCUCCGAAGUAAUCUACUGGUUUGAGAUCGGCGCGGUGGACACCUUUGAACGCAGCUUGCGUGAACUGGAGACUAGUCUGGGUGUGGAGCCAAUUAACCGUGUCUCCAUCAACUACAAAUCUAAAAUGAGGACGUCCGAUUUCUUAUACAUGGGCUUCUACUUGGCCCUUAUUGGCGCUGCCUUCUACUCCUUCCGCUCAUCGGCCGGUGGUAUGGUGCGCAAGCCUGGAAUGGGCUCCAGUCUCUUCAAUUUUGGCCAAUCACCAGUCCGCCUAAUCGAACGUGACAAGAUUGGCGUAAGCUUCGCUGAUGUGGCUGGUUGUGAGGAGGCCAAGAUGGAGAUUAUUGAAUUUGUCAACUUCCUGAAGAACCCCGCUCGCUACGAGGCCUUGGGAGCCAAAAUUCCUCGUGGCGCCAUCCUCAAGGUAGGGUUUAAUUACUCCCAGCUCUGGGUGUGUUAUCUGUAUAUCUGUUCGUCGUAUCAAUGGUUUGCCUGGAAGUUGUGUAUAUGUGUGCGAAGCAGGGACGUACUAGCAUGA